AUGGCUAGUCAGUGUUGGAUUCAGAUGGAGUCAAAGACGUAAUAAUUGCAAUUAAUUCAACCAAGAAUAUGGGCACCCAUGUCACUAAUGCAAAUGCUCUCCCACUGCUUAAAGGCAUUCUCUGUGCAAAGGCCUCCAUGUUACUCCAGUUCAUGAUGGCGAAUGGUACUCUAGUUUGGGUUCUUAUUCAUACGAAUGUUACAAAGUAUCUAAGCUUCAAAGUUGUGGACGGGGGCUAUGUCUUUAAUAAAGGAAAGGUUCACAAGGUUCCAACAACAGACAUGGAGGCCCUCAAAUCUCCAUUGAUGGGCUUAUUUGAAAAGCGUCGUGCUCGUAAGUUCUUCAUCUAUGUCCAAAAUUAUGUAGAAAAUGAUCCCAAGACACAUGAAGGGCUGGACCUUACAAGAGUGACGACCAGAGAACUUAUUGCGUAUGUUCCUGAUCUUUCACUUGCAUAUACAAAAUUAUUUCAUAUUGAGAAUACUUUGUUAUAAUAAUGGAAGUAUCUACUAUUAAGUUUUGAUUUA